AUGAACCCGUACAUCUUAGCUACCCUACUAUUCGGAUUAGGUCUGGGAACCACAAUUACAUUUGCAAGCUCCCACUGACUCCUCGCCUGGAUAGGACUUGAAAUAAACACCCUAGCCAUCAUCCCCAUUAUGGCCCAUCUCCAUCACCCCCGGGCAGUAGAAGCCACCACUAAAUAUUUUCUUACCCAAGCCACCGCGGCUGCUAUACUUCUUUUUGCUAGCACUACUAACGCCUGACUUACAGGACAAUGGGAUAUUCAACAAAUAAGCCACCCCCUCCCUGUAACCAUGAUUACCCUGGCCCUAGCACUAAAAAUUGGACUUGCCCCCGUUCACUCCUGACUCCCAGAAGUACUUCAAGGGUUAGAUCUCACCACAGGCUUAAUUUUAUCGACCUGGCAAAAACUUGCCCCCUUUGCCCUUCUCCUCCAAAUUUGCCCUACAAACUCAACUCUCCUCACUAUAUUAGGUUUAACAUCAACACUAGUAGGGGGGUGGGGAGGUCUAAACCAAACCCAGCUCCGAAAAAUCCUUGCUUACUCAUCCAUUGCCCAUCUUGGCUGAAUAAUCCUCAUCUUACAAUUUUCACCCUCCCUGACCCUUCUAGCUCUCUUUACAUAUCUCAUCAUGACAUUCUCAACAUUCCUUGUAUUUAAACUUAAUAAAUCGACCAACAUUAAUGCCCUCGCUAUUUCUUGAGCCAAAGCUCCCGCCCUUACAUCCCUCACCCCCCUUAUCUUGCUCUCAUUAGGGGGCCUCCCUCCCCUAACAGGCUUCAUACCAAAAUGACUCAUCCUGCAAGAACUCACUAAACAAGAGCUCCCCGCCACAGCAACUUUGGCAGCCCUCACCGCCCUUCUUAGCCUUUACUUCUACCUUCGACUCUCCUAUGCCAUAACAUUGACUAUGUCCCCUAAUAACCUUACUGGGACCACACCCUGACGUCUCCCGUCUGCCCAACUCACGCUCCCGCUCGCUCUUACAACUACAUCAACCCUAACCCUCCUCCCCCUCACCCCGGCCAUUACUGCAGCACUUAGCCUCUAA